AACACCAAACCUCACUAAUCCAAGUUAACCCUCCUGGUAUAUAUAAUAAAACCCUCUUCCAAUUCUCGUGAAGUAAUCACACAUAGAGAGAGUAGAGACCAUGGUGAACCUAGUGGUAGCACAGAGACCAUUGCUACAUGGGCUUAUGAAGAUGGCGGGGAUCAGGCCCUACACGGUGGAGAUAGAGCCCGGGACUACCAUGAGCUUCUGGGUCCCUUCGGAGACCAUAACAAAGCCUAAGAAAAAGGACGAGAAGCCCAGAAUCAGGGCGAAGCCCAGCAAGCCCGCGGUGAUUCUGGUGCACGGCUUCGCGGCCGAGGGGAUCGUGACGUGGCAGUUCCAAGUAGGCGCACUUACAAAAAAGUACGCUGUUUAUGUUCCUGAUCUUCUGUUCUUUGGAGGGUCGACGACCGAUAAGGCCGAGCGGUCGCCGAGGCUCCAAGCGGAGUGUUUGGUGGCGGCAUUGAGGAAGCUCGGGGUGGAGGAGUGCGUGGUGGUAGGGUUUAGUUAUGGGGGGAUGGUGGCGUUUAAGAUGGCCGAGAUGUACCCUGAGAUGGUUCAAGGGUUAGUCAUCUCCGGCUCCAUUUUGGCCAUGUCGGAGUCCCUCAGCGCCUCCUCCCUGCAGGAGCUUGGGGUCUCUUCUUCCUCCGAGCUCUUGUUGCCUACUUCUGUUAAGGGUUUGAAAGCACUCUUGUCCAUCGCUGCUCACAAAAAACUAUGGUUCCCCAAUCGUUUGCACAAGGAUUAUCUUGAGGUGAUGUUCACGAAUAGGAAGGAGCGAAGUGAACUAUUGGAGGGCUUAGUAAUUACCAACAGAGAUGUCACAAUCCCAAAUUUUCCACAGAGAAUACAUCUUUUAUGGGGAGAGAAUGAUCGAAUUUUCAAACUGGAGCUUGCCCAAAGUAUGAAAGAGCAACUAGGGAAUGGCGCAACGUUUGAAGGCAUAAAGAAAGCUGGUCACCUGGUUCACCUGGAGCGACCCUGUGUCUACAAUAGAUGCCUCAAGCACAUUAUUGCUUCCUUCUUGGACUCGAAUGAACCCAAAAAAUAAUCUGUUAUUGAUU